AUGUUGACCUUCUCACUCGCUUUUGUUGGCUUAAUCUUACCAACUGCUUUAUGCAAUGAUGGAUUAAUAGUCCAGACAACCAGUGGAGAACUACACGGCUUCAUAAACCAAAGCGCUCCUCUCGUACGUCAGUUCUUGGGAGUUCCCUAUGCGGAACCUCCGAUUGGAAAUUUGAGAUUCGCACCACCUCAAGCAAAAGCCAACGGUGGGGUGAUAAAUGCAACUGCAUUCGCACCAGUAUGUAUGCAACAGUUCAGCAAUAGCUCGACCAUAUACACAGCCCAAGUUCCACAAUUCCUCAUCAAUGGAGGACAGUCGGAAGAUUGCCUUUACCUCCAUAUCUGGGCUCCCGCCUUGAAGACAGAGAGUCCUCAGGAACAAGCUCUUCCGGUGUUUCUAUACAUCCCCGGAGGUGGUUUCACUAGUGGAGGGGCCAACUCAUUGUACAAGAUUCCUGAUAAAUGGAUUCAAAGAACUCAGUCACAUAUUGUGGUGGUCAUGAACUAUCGGGUGAACGUAUUCGGCUAUCCCAAUGCUAAAGGCCUGAUUGAUGCGAAUCCCGGGCUUCUCGAUCAGCGGAAAGCGAUUGAAUGGACACGAGACAAUAUCGCCGCCUUUGGAGGCGACCCCAAACGCAUUACCUUGUGGGGUCAGUCAGCAGGAGGGGCAAGCACCUCGAUCUACGGUUAUGCUUGGCCAGAUGACCCUAUAGUAUCAAGCCUCAUCUGUGACUCUGGUGCGGCUGGUCUCCUAGGAAGCGGCGACAAUGGACAUACCAACUUCACAUUCCUCGCAGGUCUGGUUGGCUGCGGUGGCUUGGAUGCUCAAACCGAACUUUCAUGUGUCCGCAACGUUUCCGCGGCCACAUUAGAGAAUGCCCUCUCGAACUAUGGAAUCAACGGGACGAAGCCUGCGAUUUCGUUCACGCCGUUCCCAGACAAUAAGACCGCGUUUUCAAAUGCCACCGACAGAGCCGUGAAGGGAUUCGUGGCCAAAAUUCCUGCGAUCUUGGGCAGCAACGCGAAUGAGGGUGCUGGCUUCGUGCCUUAUACAACCAACGGGCCAGGAGCAGCGGCGCUCUUCUCAGCAACGGAGAGCAUUAUUGCUUGUCCAGUUAGCAAAGAGAUCCGUACCCGAAACCUAGUCGGUCUUCCCACCUAUCGCUACCAGUACGCUGGCAAUUUCUCAAACAUAUCUCCCGUUGAUUGGAUGGGCGCCUAUCAUAGCUCUGAACUGCCCCUGCUCUUUGGAACGCAUUACGAAUUCCGCGGUCCAUCGACAAGUUUUGAGUACAACGUCUCACAUGCAAUGGAAGUCACAACCCUCUGGCUCUCAUUCGCAUCUAAUCCUACUGGUGGUCCCGCUCGAUGGACGGCGGAAGAAGGGUACUUCGCCUGGCCAGAGUAUCAACAGAAUACGAGUUCGAUGCUUCUGUUUGCUUCGGGAGAUAGUUUGCAGCGGCUUGUUCCUGGGCAGAGGAUUGAUGGUAAUUGUACUAAAUGA